GGAUGAUGAACGCUACAAAAUGCACAGGACACUUUGAACGUACGUGUGAACUCUGGACAGUGGUAAGGAAAUGCCAGCUAGCGGAAACACCGCAUCAUAUUGAUCAGGGUAUCGAUUCCACAACAUACACAUGUGUACACAUAGACAUGCACGCAUGUCCAUAAGAAACAACGGACUUUCCAUCUUCGUGCUUCACUCUUCCUCUGGCGUCUCUUGAGACACUGGCUACCGAUAUAUCACUUAUUAGCUGACUAUAAACAUGUUCGCCGAAGUUGUUCCCCGGAGCCUCGCGUAAGCCACAUCCGUGACCAGGAUUCCUUUAAGGAAGAGAGCUGGAAAGCGGCUUGUCGCGCACAUAGUUAGAAAUGCCAAAGGCGCAUGCAACAAAACCGUUUCUCAACUGGAUUCGGAACGAAGAAAUGAGAAGCGGAAGGCGACCAGAGGCCGCAAAGCCAAGCGGGGUUCGCGGUGCACACACGAGGGGCGUACACUUCAAAAAGGAAUCGAUGGACAGAUGCGGAUUUGCGCACCGGACAUGGAAAUGCAUUUGACGAAAAAUAAUGCAGAAAGGUCGUGGUCAAAUCUCUGCUCUAGUGAAGCGCCCCCAAACGUAUGUUCGUGAGACAAAUUUGUAGGCGUUCCACAACGGGGAAGCAGACCAGAGCAGUCACCUUGUCUACACGGAGCUGGCCAGCUACGAAAAGGCCGCACAUAUGCAUGCAGGUGCCCUACCUACACUGCAUGAUCUCAAAUAAAGGCCGACGCCUGCGUACAUCUACGACGAUCAGGUUAGAACAACAGACACCGAGUGACCGCCUACACACACAACCUUGACGCUUCACACUACAGCGCACCACGCGCGGAUGCUUCCGAAAACGAGCCAAUGCACCACAGAGGCUUUGCCGAAAUGAGGUGUGGAAGCAGCAUGGCGACUCAGUUUGUGUGGAUCAUGGAUGCCAAAGUAAGGGACAAACAGUGAGAAGACAAUGCGUCUACCGCGUGCAUGCAAACAAACCACUCACAUUCGUCAAACGCACUUGUAGGCACACAAACAUUUGCCUGCGUACGCCUGUGUCAGAUGUACAACAUGAGAUCUAAAGAGCACCACCGAUACGUCUGCAUAUCGUCCUUUUUCUCCAGGUCAGCGAGACAACGCAGGCGAUGUCAACAGCGGUCUACAACGGCCAUAGCGAUCCAUAUCUACGCAUACGAAUACUCAUUUAUAUAUACAUAUAUACAUACUUAGAUGUAAGCACGCCUGUGUAUCUGCAGUGCAUCGAAGCGAUGACACAAUUGGGAAGUCGAGUUUUUGGACACAGAGAAACAAGCCCCUAUACGCUCUAAGCAAACUGACGCUUGCGGCACAAGAAAGAGGUGAAAAAAAGAGGCAAACCGAGCUGCAUGCAUAAAUAGGCCAAACGCAUGCGGCGCCACGUGUGGACCACAGUGGCCUCGGCUUCGUAAAUAUGGCGUCUCCAGACGUUUGCUAGAACAUACUGACGCAUGCAUUUCUGCAUGUAUGCCGUUUGCACACACACAUUCGUCUCACGAAAGUCACAAAGGAGAAAGGUCAUUGUGGGCACCGGAACUGACACGGCAGAACGCCCCAAUCCGCAUGCAACCCUUAUGUGGAGCCUGCAACGCUUCAAGAGGCAUCCAGUUGUCCGCAUGCACCUACGAUCAAAUUAGCGAAAGGCUUCGAACAUGCCUGGCGUCUCAGUCUCACUCAAGGCAUGGAACAUUCACGAAUUCGCGACAUGGGAAGGCGGAAACCUGGAGUCGAGAAAAUCUCGUGUGGCUUGCCGGCUGAAAAAAUCCGCCUCAAGAAAAAUGUGGAGGCGUCUAAGGCUGCUCUUAGCAGCAGCCUGGCAUGAGUGGCCAUGCAUGCGCGUCUGCGUCUCCCUGUUUCUCCCUCGUCUGUUUUUUUUCGCAACCACUGGUCGCCUCAUCCUCUGGGAAUCCUCAUUCUACAUUUCCUCCUUCCUCACAAAGAGACUCCACACCUCGUCUGCGCUCCCUCUUCUCUCCACCGUGCUUACCCUCUCCGCAACUUUGCAUCUUGCCCCUGGCAGCACCCUUACUCUUCAUGGAUCCCUCUGGCCUCGCCUCACACGGGAGGUCCUCCCUGCUUCCGUCUUCAAUCACAAGCUGUAUGAAGAUCGUUGGAUCGACCUGUCGCGAAACCACCUGUCAACUCAUGAACUGCGGUAGGCCAGUCUCAGACUCUCCUGUGCAUGCUGUGGAAGCACAGGCCUACGUCGCUGACAACUUGGGGAUCGCGUCGCUCCAGAGAAAGAAAGAGGAAGCACACGUACCUUCGCACAAGCCUGCGUCCGCGGAAUUUGGGUACCUGUUUAUCCACGGUCAUCUGUGUGCAAGACCCACGGAUGUGAGUCGAUGA